CAAGGCUACAAGCACAUAGUAUAUCAUAGAAGCCAUGGCGUGCGCGCCUCAGCUUAUUUGCUUGCAGGCACGGGUGCCCGCGACAGUCGCGCACACAAAACCCUGUUCCGCCAACAUCAAGCCGCUAGCGCAACACUUUGCUCGACACAGAAAUGUCAGAGUGCACAGCGAGGGAUCCGGCGAGGACCGCCAUGGAGCGAGCACUUCUGGCCGCAACACCCCCGACGCGCGGACGCAGUCGGACGCCCUGGCUGGCUGGCUCCGCUCCGCGUUUUCAGGAACACCCCCCAACCCGGACCCACAUCAUCAGCAGCAGCAGCAGCAGCAGCAGAGGGAAGCGGGGGGCAGCCCUCCAGAGCCGGACCCGGGGCCGUGGCCUUCCAACCUCCCAACCGCGUUGGACGGGAUUAACUGGUGGUGCUACACGGUGCUGGGGCUGCUGUUCAUCACGGAUUACACGCCCUUGGGCGCGCUGCUGCUGCAGCCCGGCAGUCGCAACGCGGGGCUGUGGCUGGCGGCGAUGCAGUGGGGCGUGUUUGUGGGCCCCACCGUCAACUGGGUGCGCGGCAAGGGCUGGGACGCCGCCACAGUGUUCCGGCUGCGGGGCUGCUCGCCGGCGUGGCUGGCUGCAGGUGUGGCGGCCGGCUCGGCGUUGUGGCUGUUGACCGCCGCCGCCAUAUCGGCACGAACCGGCACCAGCCUGCUACAGAUGUCGGGGGCGGGUGCUACAACCGCGGCUGUUGACGCGGUCGGCAGUAGCCCGUUGUCGGGGCUGCUGUUUGGGGAGCUGCUGCAGCGGCCGGGGGACCCCGGCCAGUGGGUGCUGGUGCUUUUGACCAGUGCGCUGUCGCCGGCGGUGGCUGAGGAGCUGCUGUACCGCGGGCUGCUGCUGACCUCGCUGCAGCAGCGGCUGGGCGGCGUGGACGCGGUGGCGGUGGCGGCGGCGCUGUUCGCGGCGGCGCACCUGUCCAUACCGCAGUUCUUCGCCUUCACGCUGCUGGGCUUCGCCACGGGCGCACUGGCGCUGCGCAGCGGCAGUGUGCUGCCGGCGGUGGCGGCCCACGCGGCCUACAACGCCACAGGCAUUGCGGUGGGGCUGGCGGUGGCGCUGGCGGCGGGAGGAGGCGGCGGCGGCGGCGCGGCUGGGGCGGCGGCGGCGGCGGCUGUGGGCGGCGGUAGCGGCGGCGGGUUGUAGGCAAGGUUGUGGGGCUGCGGUUGAGUUGCCGGAACCGCGGACGAGGCGCGUGCGUGCUGGAGGGAGGGAGUGGGCUGCGGGCGGGGACGAUGCAGCAGAGGGAGGACUAGCCUACGGGAAUGUACGGGAGGACUAGUAGGACAGGCCUGGACUAGCAAGUCAGGCCUGGACUCUGGAGGCAGGCGCACGCACGUGUCGUCGCACGUGCGGGUUCAAGCCGGCAGCUUGAGGGGUGCGUCCGCGGCAUUGACGGUAUUGGCGGCGUUGGCGAGGUUGGCGGCGUUGACGGAGUGUGAGCAAGCCGCCGAGGCCCAGUGUGUGCGGUGUGCGCUGCUGCUGGGAGGGUGCCGCGGCGGCGGGACUCGCAGGACUGAGGCGUGCGCAGAGCGGGCUGUAACAGGUCUGGAUU